UUGAAGCCUGUUGGAUUCUUGUUGAAAUCUUCAUGGGCCUUUUGGACUUUUGAGAACUCUUGUUCUGGUUUCCUGAGCUUUGUUUAGUAGUUCAUGUUUUAUUUUGUAAUCAUGUUACUCUGGUUACGCGUUUUCUUGGCAGCAGCACCAUAGUCAUACUAGUAACAGUUUUACAGCCAGUAUGAACAAGAGGAACAAUUAACCUCUAACUUGAUAUGAAUUUAGGGCAUUUCCGAUCUUUUAUACUCUACUUGUGUGCACGUAUGCUUGUGUAUGUGCUGUACGUCUCUGUGGUUUUCACCUUAUUUGCUUUUCUGCGCAUGCACUCUUUGGUGCCAGUGAAUAAUGUAGGAGGCUUAUGAGAAAGUCUUAGGCCAGCUGUUAUACUUUUACACCAACAACUGAUCCUGGCUCAGGGUCCGCGACCAAAACUGUGGCUGGAACAUCAAUGGCUGGAGAUGGAGAGCUUGCCUGAGGCCUGCGAUGAGCAGGAGAGAGUAACCGGAGAGCACCUCGGAGUCACAGAGUGAAACUGGGCUGAUCAGGUGUCUGAGAAAGAAAAGAGCUGAAGGGGAGGAAGAAAGAUGGAGUCACUGGGCUGUGUGGAGGCACUGUAUGACUUUGUAGUGAUCAGGGUUGAAAAUGUAUUUAGCAUAUUUAUCUGAUACAAGAGGGAAACAUUUUGCAGAGUCUUGUCUUUACAGUGGCAGAGGUGAAAGGAGAAGCUGACAGGUAAAAACAGAGAAAAGGAGGGGAGAUCAGAGCGAAAAAGGAGCAAGUAGAGAGGAAAAGGGUUAAUAAUAAGGGAGGGAAUUAUAAAGCAGGGGUUGGAAAAGGAAAUUAAGGAAGAAAGGGGCCCCAAAACUAGUCUUCAGCAAGCUGAUUUUCUACUCUGGACUGGCCCUGCUCAGGACUAUAAGCCCUUCAGCCUGCCCAGGACUGAAUGGUCCAGGCAGGCCAAAGGUCCACUCCUUGCCUCUCAUGAAUGACUCCUCCUUGGAGAGAUAACCAGCUCUCCAGCCUCUCCGGGAUCCAGCUUCCUCUCUGUCCCGAUCUAAAGCCUCGCAGAGCUCUGGGAGACUCGACUCUUGUAGCCAGGUCAGAGGGAUCUGCAGCGAGAGAGGCUCAGAACUCAAGACAAAACUAACAGGAAACACACAGGCUCUUAUGAAGGUACACAAAACGGAAGCUACUAUGGAGAAUCAUGUCACACAGAUUUCCCGAGAGGACCUGGAAGAUCUCAGAGAGGCCUUUGAUAAAAUUGAUAUUGAUAAUAGCGGCUACGUGAGCGACUUUGAGCUUCAGGAGCUGUUCAGAGAGGCGAGUUUCUCCCUGCCGGGUUACAAGGUGCGAGAGAUCAUUGAGACCUUCAUAGCUGGAGACACCAACAAGGAUGAGAAGAUCAGCUUUGAGGAAUUUGUGUCCAUCUAUCAGGAGCUGAAGAGCAAGGAGUUCAGCGAGACGUUUAGGAAAACCAUCGCAAGGAGAGAUGGGAUCCGAUCUUUUGGAGGAACUUCAGGAAUCUCCAGCGAGGGAACGCAGCACUCCUACGCUGAUGAGGAGAAGGUGGCUUUUGUCAACUGGAUCAACAAAGCUUUGGCGAAAGAUCCGGACUGCCAGCAUCUGCUGCCCAUGAACCCUGACGAUGAAAGCCUCUUCACCUCUGUCCGCGAUGGCAUCCUAUUAUGCAAGAUGAUCAACCUGUCUCAGCCUGACACAAUUGACGAGAGAGUCAUCAACACGAAGAAACUCACCACCUUCAGAAUGACAGAGAAUCUGGUCCUCGCUCUGAACUCAGCCUCCGCCAUCGGCUGCACGGUGGUGAGCAUUGAUGCCCAUGAUCUAAUGGCUGGAAAACCCCAUCUGGUUCUGGGACUGCUCUGGCAGAUUAUCAAAGUUGGCUUGUUUGCUGAUAUAGAAAUCAGUAGGAACGAAGCUCUAAUUGGCCUUCUGAAAGACGGAGAACUGCUGGAACACCUACUGUCUCUCUCUCCUGAGGAGUUGCUGCUCCGCUGGGUCAACGAUCAUCUACGCAACGCAGGAACACAGACAAUCAGCAACUUCAGUGAAGACAUCAAGGACUCUCGGGCUUACUUCUACCUGUUGGACCAGAUAGCUUCCCAAGGAGAGAAUGACUUCAAAAUGAGUGUCAGAAUUGACAUGAGGGGCCUCAGUGAGCCCGAUUUGAAUCGAAGGGCUGAGCUGAUGCUGCAGCAGGCGGCCCUGCUGGACUGCAGACAGUUCGUUUCUCCUCAUGACGUCACAUCUGGAAACAGCAAACUCAACUUGGCCUUUGUGGCCAAUCUGUUCAACACGUAUCCUGCUCUGCAGAAAGCUCAGGUCAACACCAAUGGCUUAGAGACUGCACACAUAGAGGGUGAGUCCAGAGAAGAGAAAACAUUUCGCAACUGGAUCAACUCUCUGGGCGUCUCUCCUCACGUCAACCACCUGUACUGGGACCUGUGUGACGGCUUGGUGAUUCUGCAGCUCUAUGAGAGGGUUAAUGUGCCUGUGAACUGGAAGAAAGUCAACAACCCACCUUACCCUAUGCUGGGGGCAAAUAUGAAGAAGCUGGAGAACUGUAACUACGCUGUGGAGCUGGGCAGGAAUGUAGCUCACUUCUCUCUGGUUGGUAUUGGAGGAGAAAACCUGAACGAGGGGAGCACCAUGCACACUCUGGCACUGCUCUGGCAGCUGAUGAGGAGGUACACAGUGCUGGUUUUGUCAGAUUUGGGCCAUGGAGAAAAGGUUGGCGAUCAGAUCAUACUCAGCUGGGUCAACUCCACCCUGAGCGAGAAACGCAAGGACACACAGAUCAGCAGCUUCAAGGACAAACUGAUCAGCACCAGUUUGCCAGUAAUUGAUCUGAUUGAUGCCAUUGCUCCCAGUACUGUCAAGUGGGACAUGGUGAAGAGAGGAGAGAGAGGAGUUCUGAACGAUGCAGAUAAACUCAACAAUGCCAAGUAUGCGAUAUCAUUGGCCCGUAAGAUCGGAGCUCGUGUUUACGCGCUGCCCGAUGAUUUGGUGGAGGUGAAUCCCAAGAUGGUGCUGACAAUGUUUGCCUGCCUCAUGGGCCAUGGCUUGAAAAAGGCCAAACGCUGAAAAAAAUACAGACAUGAACAAACCUGGGAACCAACCACCAAUACUUUCAUUACAGCACUUUGUUUCCAUUUGCAUCUAUCUUUUUUCAUAUUUUUCUUAUCAUUGUAAUUCCUUUUUCUUUGACCUUUGACCUUGCUGACAUCACUCAACAGAGGCAUUUCUAUUCUGUUCAUGAAAACAGUAAACCCAUCUGAAGCUGAAAAUCAUUUCUCAUCAGCAAAGCCACUGCAUUUGUUUGUGAUUUUUAUACAACAGGCUCCUAAUUGUUCUGUGCUAUUUCAUAUUUAAUACAUUGCCUUCAUGUGCUUCUGCAAAAUGAGCAGGAACUACAGCAGAUGGAAAAGCAAAAUCAUACACACGUCCCUUCUUUCAGCAAUACUUUAAGUCUGUAAAUGUUGUGCAUUGAAUAUUGCUAUUUAAUUAUUAAAA